AUGGAGAGUCCUCCACCAAGUCCCUGUGGACCAUCAACGGCACCCUGCGGAUACGAGUGCUCUGUGCCACAUAUGUCAAUGUGAACAUUCGGGAUAUAGAUUAGGUACUCCAUUGGUUAUUGUUUUAAAUCACCUUUUUCACAUUUGUUUACUGUUUCUCUGUUUCUAUGAUUGGCUAGGCCUUUUAACUCUUCUCUUAUAGCCACUUUUCAGUAAUUCAUUUUCUAUUUGACUCCUUGGUGUGAAUAUCAUACUGCUGCUACUGCUGGUUGUUUUCACUGUUUUUUUUGGUCUAUUCUUCCUGUUGUCCAUGAAUAGUUAUGUGCGAACCGGCAUCUACCAUGGAGGGUAGCAGAUGUGUGACAACGUGAACAUGCAGCGUGUGCCAUGCUCUAAUCCCAGGUAUUACACACACACAAAACAUGUGGCUCAUCAAGAGAUAUAUUGUUGCUAUUUAUCCCAUCGUAAUGGUAAUGGAAGAGGAGGUUGUGUGUUGAGCUGUGAUUUUUACACUUGUAAUUGGUUCAGGGUGAUUCGCCGUGUCUGUGCUUGUUUCCUAGGUGGAACGAGUGGCUGACCUACGACAUGUACAUUUCCGACAUCCCCCGGGCGGCCUGCCUCUGUCUCUCCAUCUGCUCUGUAAAAGGCAGGAAGGGGGCGAAGGAGGCAAGCACUCAGUUUAAUCGGACACCCCAGACCUUUAAGGGUAAAAAUGAUACCUACUGGCUAGAAUGGUGUUCAAUGGUCUUACCUGAAUGACCCGAGGUAUCCUCAAUGUGCAUGUUGAAUUACUUAUUGACUUGUGGCAUGGAGCGAUCAUGGCUGUGUAACCUAGGCAUGAAGACUGUAACCAACACCUGGGCUUAGUGAUAUCACCUGAAGGUCAGAGAGAUGGGUUUUCGUGCCCAUGAUGAAUUAGAGAUAAAUGCCUCUAAAGGCCAUCCUUUGUGAGCAACCUACAUUACACCUUGAAGCCAACAAUUAACUUGAACUAAAACAUAGUCUGUUUGUUUGCCUCCUAUUCUUUUCAAUUCAAUUCAAUUCAGUACGACUUUUAUUCCCCAAGGGGCAAUUAGGAUGUUUGUGUUGUUGUUACACAAGUACCCCAUAUAACAUUAACUCAAGCCUGUAGGAAUGCAUUCACUAUUCUCUGUGGAAGGAUGGCCAUUCACAAUAUGUGUGUUAAUAACCGAAGCCACCCUUUGACCGUGAUCCUCUCCUCAGGAGCAUUGUCCACUAGCAUGGGAGAACGUCAACCUGUAUGACUACACUCAUACCCUGGUCUCUGGGAAGAUGGCUCUGGACCUGUGGCCUGUACCCCACGCCCUGUGUCACGCCCUGGCUCUGGGGACUCUUUAAUGUUGAGCCAGGGUGUUCGUUUCUAUGUUUUGUGUUUCUAUGUUGGCCGGGGUGGUUCUCAAUCAGAGGCAACGUGAAUCAGCUGUUGCUUGUUGUCUCUGAUUGGGAACCAUACUUAGGUAGUCGUUUGGCAUUUGUGUGGUGUGGUAUCUUGUUCCGUGUAUGGUUUGUGUUUUGUUACCAAGGACUUCACGUAUCGUUUUGUUGUUUUGUUCGUGUGUUGUACAUCUAAUAAAUCAUGUACGCUUAUCACGCUGCGCCUUGGCCCGUUUCAUCAUGUAACGAUAGUGACACCCUGUCUAGAGCUGGAGUUUGACUACUUCAACUGUCCUGUCAAGUUCCCAGACAUGACCACUCUGGGGGAGCAUGCUAACUGGACAAUAUCCAGGGAGCUAGGCUUCAACUACUGCCAGUCAGGCCAGGUAAUAGCAUACAUGGAUAUAUACUGAGUGUACAAAACAUUAGGAACACCUGCUCUUUCCAUGACAUAGACUGACCAGGUGAAUCCAGGUGAAAGCUAUGAUCCCUUAUGGAUGUCACUUGUUAAAUCCACUUCAAUCAGUGUAGAUGAAGGGGAGGAGACAGGUUAAAGAAGGAUUUUUAAGCCUUGAGACAAUUGAGACAUGGAUUGUGUGUGCCAUUCAGAGGGUGAAUGGGCAAGACAAAAGAUUUAAGUGACUUUGAAUGGAGUAUGGUAGUAGGUGCCAGGUGCACCGGUUUUAGGGGGUCAAGAACUGCAAUGCUGCUGGGUUUUUCACGCUCAACAAUUUUCUGUGUGUAUCAAGAAUGGUCCACCACCCAAAGGACAUCCAGGCAAUUUGACACAACUGUGGGAAGCAUUGGAGUCAACAUGGGCCAGCAUCCUGUGGAACGCUUUCGACACCUUGUAGAGUCCAUUCCCCCAAGGAAUUGAGGCUGUUCUGAAGCCAAAAAGGGGUCCAACUCAAUAUUAGGAAGGUGUUACUAAUGUUUUGUACACUCAAUGUGUAUGGGAGCUGGUCUGAUGUGAUGUCUGAUCCCUUGCAGAGUAAUAGAGUGGCGCGAGACCAAGCCUUAACAGACAGUGAUAGCGAGCAGCUGAGACAGUUGUGCAACCAAGACCCCCUGUCUGAGAUCACAGAGCAGGAGAAAUACUUCCUCUGGAGGCACAGGUACUGUCAGAAGCAGCACUGUCACCACCAUAGAACUAGAAUCAGUAGUCACCACCACACUUUACCUGGAGAUACCUGGACAGAACCUGCUAGUGAGGCCUUGACUAACAUGUCUAUUGUCGCUUACCAGGCAAUAUUGUGUAAAUAUACCUGAAAUCCUGCCCAAGAUCCUACUGGCUGUCAAGUGGAACUCAAGAGAUGAAGUUACAAUGUUUUUAACAUUACUGAACCAACAUUUUUUAAAGACAUCUCAAAAAUGGAGAAUGAAAGAAAAUGAAUUCUGAAAUUCUUCAGACACUUAUCUGAGAACUCUUGUGGGAAUGUAAUCCUCUUCUACUGCAGCACUACCAAUGUGAUAGCGGUGAAGUUACUGUUGUUUUUCUUGCUCUUAGAUGUAUUGCCUUCUGAAGGAUUGGCCAGCAAUAAAACCGGAACAAGCCAUGGAGCUGCUGGAUUGUAACUAUCCAGACCCAAUGAUCCGUGACUUUGCGGUUCGGUGCCUUGAGAAGUACUUGACCGAUGACAAACUCUCUCAGUAACUCAUUCAGUUAGUCCAGGUAGGAUUUAUUUGGCUUUGGCUUCCAGAGAGUGACUUUCCUCUCACAUUUCUUUGAUUGUUUGGACUGUUGUCAAAUAUAAAAUGUCAUAAUGACUAUAAUAACUGGCUCAUCUCCAUACUCUCUUGUCAGGUUCUAAAAUAUGAGCAGUAACUUGAUAACCCACUUGUACGAUUUCUGCUGAAAAAGGCCUUGACUAACCAAAGGAUAGGACAUUUCUUUUUCUGGCACUUAAAGUGAGUUACUAAGAGUUACUUUACUGAGUCAAUUCCAUUACUUUCACAGAGUUGACUGAGUGCUAAUGCCCUAUAACUCAUCCACUUUCACUGUCCACUAUGUGCCCUAGAUCUGAGAUGCACAAUAAGAUGGUGAGCCAGCGGUUCGGCCUGCUCCCGGAGUCCUACUGCCGGGCCUGUGGAAUGUACCUCAAGCACCUGAGCAGAUAG